AGGAGGCCACCCAGAGGUCUGUGUCCUGAUUAAGAGGCCCGUCCUUUGCUGCCCGGAGCAGGCCUUGGUCUGAGGUUCAGCCUUGUCCCUGUGCCCAACAGACGGCCCGCCCAGAGGUUGUCUGGGGGUGAUGGUUGACCGGUUGAAUGGAGGAACCACAGAUAGAAGGUCUGGGGUGCUGAGGCCCUGGCUAAGAGUGGUCCCACCCGGUCACACCCCAGUAGUCAGGAGGGCGGGGCCAUGGAGUGGGUGGCGGCCCCUCCCUGUUUCCUCCUGGUGGGACAGCAGAGGUCAGACUCAGUCUCAGCCGUGUGUGCAGUGGGAGCAUGGGCUUCGGCAGCAUGAGGCGAGGGGCGAGGGGUCUGAGGGGCAGGGACGGGCCAGCACCCACGCAGUGCCUGCAGACUCAGUGCUUCGACGUGCUGGUCCGCAACUGCGUGGCCUGCAGUCUCCUCCGGACGCCGGAGCCUAGACCGGGUAAGAGUCGACCGCUGGGACGACUGAGCACAGGGCACCCCUGGAGAGGGAAGAGGGUCCUUUCACAGAGGCCUCCACCCUGCCAGAGUCUUAGGCAUGGCCUCCACCUGCCCCAGGACCUGGGGGGCCUGGCGCUGGCCCUGGUCCUGGUGGGCCUGGUGAGCUGGAGGCACCGAAGGCGGCGGCUCCGCGCCGCGGCUGCUCCGGAGACCCCAGAAGCCCCGGGCGGCGACGAGCCCCUGGACAAUGUCACCAUCCUCUCCCCUGGAACCCUGGAUGUCACAGCUCCCAUCUGGCUUCCACCCAGUGAAGACCCAGCCACUACCCCACCUGCCCACAGCAUCCCUGUGCCAGCCACAGAGCUGGGUUCCACUGAGCUGGUGACCACCAAGACGGCCGGCCCUGAGCAACAGUAGCAGCGGAGGUGGGAAGAACAUGGCCCCUGCCUUCCCUGUGGGCCGUCAGCCAGGAGCUUGGAGGUUGGAUUCGGUUCUUCACCCCAGCACCCACCUGCCCCUUUUCUGGGAGCCAGGCUGCUCCCGGGCUAACCCUACAGAACCACAGGCACCACAGACCACCGAGUUCAGCCUUCCUGGCAUUGUGUGGAAUGUUAGCAUUUGGCGUCAAAUCAUGCCAUCUUUGGCAGCCCUCAAAGGUUGUGGCUGAGCUCUGUGCUUUUGAGUGGCUGGGACACUGAGUAGGAGUUUUUCUUUAAGCAUGGGGAAGCCACCAUAAGUCAGAAUGAAUCUAGGAAAAGGAUCAAGUGGGAGGAUACUUAAUUUGUACCUGGGUGUUGCCUUUCUUUAAUACUUGCUCUCAGAGCCAUCCCACUUUUAAACUGAUGUAAAUUGCAGCAAUGAGUAAACAACCGACUGGUUUGCUUUGGGACUUAUUACAAGAUGAUUUAUUUUAAGAAAUAGCCUGGAUUAUGCUGAUUCUCAGAUAUCUGUACCCUAAGGUCAACCCUGAGCUUGGCCCAAUCUGCUAGGACCUGUGAUGCCAUUUUCAGCCUGGGGGCAGCUUUCAGAGCCCCAGUGUCACACUUGGGAGGAAGUCUACAGCCUCUGGGGCUGGACUACAAAUUCACACUGAAGGCACAGUGGCAGGCAUCUCUGUCGGAGGCCACGUGGAGUCCCAGCUGUCUCCAGGGCACACUGUACAAGGGUAGGGCCCAGGAUCUCCAGGAGGCUCCUUUGUUCAGAGGCCAGGGCAGGCCUGCAGCCUUGAACCAGCUGGACCUGAUGUCCCUUCAGCCCCCUUCUCUCUGGGGCCUGUCAUCUUAAAGUGCCUGGAUCACUUGGCCAUUCUGUGCUGGCCCCUGCAGUCACCUAUCAUCUCAGUAGAACUGUUCCUCUGACAGUGGUGCCCUUUGCUCUGGGGCCUGGAGCUGAGACCAUCUCUUCCACUUCUGGACCACAUUGUGCACUCAGUCACCCACCGACUCUCCUGCCGACCCUCCUACUCAGGGUUACAACCUCCUGACCUGGACUCCACCCUGGUCAGUGUCCUUGGAACUUGUCACAGCUUAGCACCUUUGGAAGGGGCACUGGACUGGGAGUCAGAAGAUGGAGUUCUGAUACCAUUUGUCCUACUUAUAAGUCCUUGACUAUGUUCUGUUCCAUGCAUCAGAUGCUUUCUGCCCACCUCUCCUUGACCUGCUCAUCAGAGCUGCCCAGCAGACACCACCCUUCCUGCCCACCCCUUUCCCAGCUCAAAGACAGUCAGUGGUGAGCAGCAUUUGGAGCCCCCAGCACCUGGACACCCACAUCUACGUCUCUUCUCCUCCCUCCUGAACCCAUCUCAGAUACCCCUGCCUGGGCUGCUAGGUGGCUGGGGUGAGGUAAGGGGGUGGCCAGUAGGCAGGAGGAUGGGCGGCAGACCCAGAAUGGACCCAGCUCUCCACUUCCUUCCAUCUCAGGGUGGGGGCAAUCUGAGCUGUUCCUGACCACUCCUAUCUCCCACCCAACCUUUUGCACUACAGCCAAGGGGUGGGCCCUGGAGGUGAAACAAACCCCCUGGGGCCCAGACAUGCAAAUCUCUGGCACCACUGUAUCCCCACUCAAUCCCUGGUCCAGUCUCAGUUUCCUUUUCUGAAAAGUGGAGGGUUGGAUACAAAGUUCCCCUCCUGGCCUGUGGCCCCCAGAGGAGGACUGGAAGGGAACUUAGAGAAUCCUCACUCUCCCACCUCCACUUUACAGAUGAGGAAACUGAGGCCCAGAGAGGGCAAAGACUUGGCCUUGUUGUCAUCCAGCAAAUAGCAGAAGGGAGGUUCCCUGUGGAGGAACCAGGAGCAGAGGCCAGGAAAGAGGUGGACAAGGAGGGGUCAGCCUCCCCUGAAAGGGGUCCCCCCUCCCAGGGGCCUCCAGUCUCCAGCCCUCUAUCCUAAUGCUGCUUUCUAAGGAGCCUUCAGGAGGUUAGUGCAUUUGAUGUUCACAACAGGAGGAGGGGCGUGGGUGUCUGUGUUUGCUUUAAAAAAUGUUUUUUAUUAAAAAAAAAUCAAGACAUGUGUUUUGUAGACACUUUGCAAAGUUCAGGACAGUAAUCCAGGGUGGAGUCUAUGGAGAAAUGACCCCAAACCCAGCAACACCAGGCCCCUGAGUAGUGGGUUCUCCUACAUUGUAUACAUGUAAAUCCACACCUUGACUGUCAUAUUUGGUGUUUUCUUUUGUCUUUAAACACUUCACAAACAAAGUUUUCAACAUUUGUAAAGAUUCCCACUUGAGUGUUUGGUUGUUCUCAGUUUUCACUAUUAUUGUAACUGAGGCAGUAAUGUCUCCUGCAUAAAUCUCUGCCUGAGUCUGUUUUCCAGGAGACAUUGCAAGCAAAGGCCCUGACCUUUUUUUUUCGAUUGAAAUAUAGUUGAUUUACAAUUUUGUGUUAGUUUCUGGUGUACAAUAUAGUGAUUCUGUUAUACAUAAAUACAUACAUACCUA